UGUGCUCUUACUGCUUAGUUCUCUCUCCUACUCCCUUACAUCUCUCCUUUCUCCUUAUCCUUUCCUUGCUUACUGUAUCUACUUCUCUUUCCUAUCACUUACUCCUCACCACUUUUCCCUACCCCAUUUGUCCGGCCAAUUUAAUGCCACCUGAGGCGAACCUGCAAUAAUUCACGUCAAAAAGCAAAAAAAAACUUCUCUGCGCCCUGCUGACUCACGUUUUGUUUCGUCUUUUAUCUUAUAGUGUUUUUGUCUUUAUCUAAAGAGUACUGGCUUUUAAUGUGUAAAGUAGGUUAAGUCCUGCUGUAACUCUAAUUUAAGCAGAGAUUACCUAUGGAAUUCAAUUUGCUUCGAUCCUGACACACUUAUCUUGCUUCUUUCACAUUCAUCAAUCGUUUUAUAUACGCACGCUGGUUCAGAGUAGAUCUAUUCCAACUCCAAUUUAAGUUCCUUUCAUUAUUUUCCUUUUUCAAAAUACUUCGACGAAUAUUCUGUAGGUCAGUGUCGUGUUCUUGUCUACGUAGGUACUUCUCUCUACAAAGUUAUUAUUUAUUUAUUUAUUUAGGUACACAUACAGCAAUACACAUUAAACUUUUACAGACAACAUUAUAAAUAGAAAGAAAGACUUGGUAUAUAUGCAUGCCAAUUACAUGCGUACACAGCAUUCACCGUAAGUGAAAACAAACAAACUAUAUUAAGUUCCGAAAUUAAUUCUUGGAGCUGCUGAAACCUUCUAGAAUUUACCCAAAUGUGGGACUGUAAAGUGUUCUGUCUCCUCUGUUUCAUUUUUAUUUUAUUUACAUUUGUUUUAAAUCUUUAUUAUUUUAUUCCUUUUAAAAAAACAUUUAUUAACCUUUCCUUUCUUUUCCACCAGACAUUUUUUAAAUUUUCUCCAAAGAAGGCAUGGUAAAGGUUAGUGCCCAUUAUUCUAUUUCUAAGGCCAUGUCUUUCUCCUAUCAAUUUUGUACAGAGCAUUAUAAAUUCUUUCGUCUCAUUCUGUCUAUCUAUAAUACUUAUAUAUCUAUCUCUUUUUCGUAAUCAUCGUAUUUUUUCGUAAUCUCUUCUCAUCCAAAGCCUUAAUGCUUGGCUCUCUUACUCUGCACCAACCGUGAUUGGUUUUCAUAUAUCGUUACUCCUUCUAGUUUGGAGUAUCAUACGUUUGCUUAAGCGCAUUCUCUCUCUCCUUGGCAUUUAUUAAUCCCAUCUGAUGGUGGGGUCUGCCUUCUUCGUACUUCUCUUCCACUUCGCUCUAUCGGACGUGUCGUUCUCGGAGACAUUGCACAUACACAGGUCCUUUUUGACCACAUCCGCCCAUCUUGUUUUUGUUUAAGCGCAUUGUCCACUUUAAAACUCUUUUAUCCUAGUUGUCGGCUCUACAACUAGAUGUGACCAAUGAUGUGCCUUUCUCGGGAAUAUUCCUAAAGUGGAAAUGUUUCCGUUGUAAAAACUUUAAUAGUAAGGACACUGGCUGCUUCUCUUUUUCAAAUUCUUUCUUGUAGAGUCUGUGCGGAAAGAGAACCGGCGUGGCGUAAAAUGGAACUAACAUUAUGAUUUUUACAUGGCAACCCAAUCCAGCCAUCUGUCAAAUGUCAAACGUGAUUUCGCAUUGAUACAGUUUUUUGUCGUGUUGUUUUCUUGUGAUUUUUGAUUAAAAUCAUGUCGAAAAGAGGUAAAACCUUACGCAGUUCUACAAGGGAAUUAAUAUUUAAUAUUAUUCAGUUUUGCCAGAGAGAGAAAUCCGCGAAACACACCAUUAUUGACCUAAACAAAGUCACGGAACGUGUGGCAGCUAUGUCCUGCUUAAGUAGAGAUACAAUAUCUAAAAUAAAAAAAGAAGGUUCCACAAAUAACGGCGUGUGGUGCACACCAGGGAAAAAACGCAAAGGAAGACCAAACAAAGUCAUUCUUGAUGAUUUUGAUAAGUGCGUCAUCCGUAACAAAAUACGUGAAUUUUAUGCUGUAAGGAAGGAGGUACCGACUUUGAGGAAGCUACAUCGUGUGUUAAAGGAAGACAUAAACUUUUGCGGUGGAAUCACUAGUCUCCGUGGGGUUUUAAAAGAACUGGGUUAUAGAUAUAAAAAAUGUGAGUCAAAACGAAAAGUUCUCAUAGAGAGACAUGAUAUCGUGGUCUGGCGCGCUAAAUAUUUGCGAAUAAUGAAACACUUGAGGGCAACUGGAAAACCGGUUGUAUAUAUUGAUGAAACGUAUAUUCAUACUGCACAUGAAGUUAGUAAGUGUUGGCAAGGCCCCAAUGAACCUGGAGUAUCUAAAGCAAUUUCUCUUGGUGAACGAUAUAUUAUAGUUCAUGCUGGUAGCAGAGAAGGAUUCAUUGAAAAUUGUUUACUUGCAUAUAAAACUAAAAGUAUUUCAGCGGAUUACCACCAUGACAUGAAUCGAGAUAAUUUUACCAAGUGGACAAAAGAAAAACUCUUGCCAAACCUGUCUCAACCGUCUGUCAUUGUGCUAGAUAACGCAUCCUAUCAUAGUACACGCAUAAAUAAACCUCCAAAUAGCAAUGACAGGAAAGAAACUUUGAAGAAAUGGUUGGAAGAUAAUGGAAUAGAAUAUCCAGUUGACGCGCUGAAAGCUGAACUUGUAAGUUUAGUAAAAAGGAACAAAGGAGAACCAGUAUUUGAAAUUGAUCAACUACUUGAGGAGCAUGGUCAUACUGUUGUCAGGUUACCGCCAUAUCACUGCGACUUGAAUGCUAUUGAGAUGAUAUGGAGCUUAGCAAAAAGACAAGUAGCAUCAAAGAAUGUGAACAUAUCAGCAAAAGAACUAUUACCAAUUAUAAAUGAAUGCUUCAGAACUAUUACCGCAGAACAUUGGCGAAAAGAGUGUGAUCAUGUGAUACAUGUAGAACAAAAAUAUUGGGAACAAGACCGUUUAAUGGAGGAUAUGCAAGAAUUUAUUAUAAAUGUAACAGAUUCGAGCACAUCAAGUUCAGAAGAAGAUAAUUCUUUGGAUCUGUCUGGUAGUUCCAAACAAAGUUCAACCGUGUCCGGCAUUCAAUAUUUAGAAUCAGACUUUGAUUAUGAUUCUGAUCAUGGAGCCAGUGAAUAAAUAUAAAAUUAUAUAAAUA